AUGCUUAUGUACUUUGAAGAAUGCUCUGACGAAAGCGAAGACGACUUGUAUGCGGGACGCGACGAAGAAAGCAUUGAGCGGCUCGAGGAGGAAAUCAGUCAGCUAAAUGACACGAUUGAUGGAAUCGAAGCAUACCAUAUUGUCGACAAACUAGGCGAAGGCACUUUCUCGUCCGUCUACAAAGCCAUUGAUAUACAUCAUGAAAUGUACGCGAAUGCUGAGUGGUUCAAAAGCAACACGCCUUACAUCAAACCACGAGAGCGCAGUCGUGGUGGAACAGUCUAUGUUGCGCUAAAGCGUAUUUAUGUUACUUCUAGCACAGCACGAAUUCUAAACGAGCUAGAGAUUAUGGAGUCGCUCCGUGGUGAGCCGUACAUCUCGUACCUGAUAACGGCAUUCCGCUCAGCCGACCAGGUUAUGGUCGUCAUGCCGUAUACCCGGCAUUCGGAGUUUCGUGACUACUACCGGAUCAUGCCGUUGUCUGACUUCCCGUGCUACUUCUACUGUCUGUUUUCUGCGUUAGAAGCUAUGCACAGGCAGGGCAUCGUGCACCGUGACAUCAAGCCGGCAAACUUUUUGUACGAUCCUCGCACGGGCUACGGCACUCUGUGUGAUUUUGGCCUCGCCGAGCGUCUUGACGCCUCUGAAUGGCAUGGAAAGUGCCAUCAUACCCUACCCUCUCCAGAGCAUCCGCACGGUGAGCAAUGCAUCAAUUAUACCACACAAAGCACACAUAUACAGCCAGGUGGCGCUUUGGCGCGGUCCGAAGAUGGUGGUAAAUCCAGCUCAUAUGUCAGCCGCAUGGCACCAAUGGGCCCACCAGACCGUGUUGGCUAUCUGCGCAAUGAUCCACGGCCAAGCAUACGUGCAAAUCGUGCGGGAACGCGCGGUUUUCGUGCGCCAGAAGUGCUGUUGAAAUGUCCAGAUCAGACGCCUGCCAUCGAUAUAUGGUCAGCGGGCAUUGUGUUACUAUCAUUUCUAUUGCGCCGCUUCCCGCUGUUCAAUGCAAAUGACGACACAGAGGCACUUUUAGAACUUGCGGCUAUCUUUGGCCAGCGCCGUAUGGAGCAAUGUGCCAUGCUACACAACCGGACAUUCUCUUGUAAUUUGCCGACGGUAAAUCACAGCGGCCGUCGGAUCCCGGAGUUGAUCCAGCAGUUUCGUCCCGACUUGUUUGAGCCUCCUGACGGCUGUCCAGAGCCGUCAGACUAUCGCCAGCAGGUGCAGUACGUGGUCCAUCUAGCGAGCGUUUGCUUGUAUUUAGACUGUACACGGCGCUGGCCAGCGAGUCGGAUUUUACAACAUGCAUUUUUCCAAGACGUCGCCAUUUCUCCAGACGCGGAACUAUCUGGGCCAUAG